UUGGGAAUAGUGCAUGUUGAUUGUGAACCAUAUGAAGAAGAGAAAAGUUACCAACGUAAUGAACUCAAACAAAUAAACAUGAACAGCGGCACCAAGCGAGCCUUGACAGGCUCUAUACAUAAAAUUAGAGAAUUUGAAUUGGAAAAAGUAUGUUUGGUCGAAGAAUUUGAUAUUCUGCAAAUAGUUGGAGAGGGAUGGUUCGGAAAAAUACUUCUAGUGGAACACAGAGCAUCCGAUACAGAAAUCGUUCUCAAAGCUUUGCCUAAGCCUUAUGUGUCUAUAAGGGAUUUUUACAGAGAAUUUCAUUAUAGUCUUCAUCUGAGUGCACAUAAAAACAUUGUGACUACAUUCGAUGUCGCGUUCGAGACUGCAGGAUUUUACGUAUUCUGUCAAGAAUACGCUCCUUUAGGUGAUCUAACUUCGAAUAUGCUUGAUACUGGAAUUGGAGAAAUUCACACAAAAAGAGUGGCAAAACAAUUAGCAGCUGCAUUAGAGCAUCUUCACCAAAGAGAUCUUGUACAUAGAGAUGUAAAACUAGACAACAUUCUAAUAUUUAAAUCGGAUUUUUCAAGAAUAAAGCUUUGUGAUUUUGGCGAAACAAGGAAAGUACAAGCUGCUGUUAGGAGAAGAAACGAAUGGCUGCCGUACUCCCCGCCAGAAGUGUUAAAACUGCCGAUGGAUAGUAGCUACAAAGCCCUAAUUAGUCAUGAUAUAUGGCAGUAUGGUAUAGUUAUCUUUAUUUGUUUGACUGGAUGUUUGCCUUGGCAGAAAGCAGCGUUCGAUGACCCCAGAUAUGUCAGUUACUUAAAUUGGUAUAGUAGUGCAAAUCCUCUGAAAAAGCAGCCGAAAUUAUGGAAAAUGGUUUCUUCGAGAGCCCAAAAAAUGUUUAAGAAAUUUAUAGAGCCAAGAGAAGAUAAAAGAGCUACAAGCUUUGUAGAGCUUUCUAGAUAUUUAGAAGACCGCUGGAUGGCGAAAGGAUAUACGGACAGAGUAGCCGGCGGUGAUAUCGAUGAGUUGUGUCCUUCAAUGUACAGCUAUCACAGUGAUCCAAACGAAAAAAAUAUUCUAUUGAAGCAUUUCCGUGACAACGGUGUUGAAACUGUAGUCGAUCGGCAAGCGAAGAAGCAAAGAAUUCGCGAAUGGAUACAGAAUAGUGUUAUUGAAGAAGCGGAUGAAGAGGAGGAAAACAAUUACGAUGCUAGUCUUAUAGAAGAAAGCGAUGGCGAACUAGAAGACAGAUCAAGACCUCAUCCAAUCGAUGAAAGUCAUAGAAUUAUUCUUCGUUAUGACACAGAAAAGCACAUUAACCCACGAACUGGUGAAAUCAUCGAUGGUGUGAAACACCCAGACAAAAAUCCUUUAUCUUACGAUGUCAAAAAUAUAGAACCUGUUGCGCCUGGCAAUAUCGCAAGAAGAUACGGAGCAAAAGAGGAUUUUUCAUCGCACAGCUCUACAAAAGAUAGUGGAUAUGGUUCUUUAGACGUCAAUCCACCACCGAAAACUACUACAAAUAAACCAGAUAUAAAACACAUGUCUCUCGAUAGAGGUAGUGACAUCUCUGCGAGUAGGUCGUUAGGUGGUUCAUCGAUUCAACAAAACACGCCACCUUUAUCUACACAUGUUCAGAGGUUUCAGAAGAGUGAAGAAGUUUUCUCAAAGGAAUUAGAAAGCAUCAAAGGAAGUACAUCGACAAUUCACUCCUUAGGCAAUUCCUCUAGAUCUAACAGUCUUUGUCUGACGCGAAAUAGUUCUUUAGAAAGCCCUCCAAAUGUUAUUAAAGAUAUGCCUCUGGAGAAAGAAAAUUCUGGCUCAACAUCCCGACCUAAUAAUCCUGUAAUAACACAAAACGGUUUUAGCCCCGGUACUAAACAGAAUCUAAACAAAACUCAGCCUUACGUGUCUAUGAAAAACACAAUUUAUGAAAGUGUAACUUCUCGAACAGACAAUAAUCAAAAUAAAGAAGAUGAUAAUUCAAAUAAUGCUUCGGAGAGUCCCUACACAUCAAUGAUGAAUAUUGUUCAAGGUCAGAUAAAAAUUAGCCCGCUGGCUAAUGAGUCUGACAAAAAUAUUGUCAAUGUGUCGGUAACGCCAAUCAACCGAAGUAAAAUCUAA